UCCUUCCAUCUUCCUCUCUCCUCUAUUUUAUAAACAUGUCUGCUUUCUCUUAGACUCUCGGACCUUCUGUAUUUAUUUCCGUGUACCUUGAUUUCAAAUAAGAUGUAAAAAUGGCAAAGUAUAUUUUAAAAAAAGCAAACGCACAAUUUUUCGUAGUGUCGAAUUAAAAGGAAGCCACUGAUGGAAGAGAGGAAUACAUCAAUGGCGAUAGUCAAAUAUGCCAAGAUGCUGAAAAUCCAAUUGCAGGGAACACGAGUAUUUGUUUGCAAUUCUUGUAACUACGUACACAGUCAUUCCAUUCUUCCAUGUUAAGAAGACGAUUGGAAUCACAACUUUUAUUUGUAAAGCAGGCCCCUUCCACAAGCAAAUCCUAGUUCAUACCAAAGGCUCAAAAAUAAUCCUCGUAAAGAUUUUCCAUGUAUAUAUAUUUGUUAUACUCCGAGUCUCAAUGUCUGUGAUCUGGUGUUAUGCGCAGCUGCAUAGGGAAUCGGACGGAGAGAAAGUUGUGAAACAGAUCGUUUUCUUUUGGUGGAUAGAAAAUUUGUGCAGUUCUUAACCACUUGGUUACAGGGUGCCACAGCCGACUUCAAGAAUUUGGAAGGAAAAGAAGAGAUUUUUAUUGGCAGUGAAGGUAGUUCGAAUAUGAGUUAUAAGGGGACUGCGGCUGCAGUUGCUCUGCUCGUCGGGGCUAUCUGCUUUGCGAGGUUGCGCUUUCGAAACCGGCCAAGGCCUCCCUUGAAUAUGGAGCGGUUUAAAGGGUUGCCCAGGUUGCCCAGGACAGGAGUUCCACGGCGCUAUGAGUUGGAACUCCGGCCUGAUUUAGGCGAGUGUAGGUUUGAUGGGAAAGUGGCAAUUACACUGGAUGUAGGCAAGAGUAGUAAGUAUCUGGUGCUCAAUGCCAUUGAUUUGGUGAUCAAGGAUGGAACUGUCUGGUUGCGCCCCAAAAAUUCAAAAAAGGUCCUAUUUCCAUAUAAUGUUGGUCUUAGUGCAAAUGAUGAGAUUUUGGUGUUGGAAUUUGAAGAAGCAUUGCCACAUGGUGAGGCAAUUUUGGGUAUUGAAUUUCAGGGAACCUUAAAUGACCAUAUGAAAGGUUUUUAUAGAAGUAAAUACGAGAUCAAUGGUCAGACAAGGAACAUGGCAGCUACACACUUUGAACCGACAGAUGCUCGAAGAUGUUUUCCUUGUUGGGAUGAACCUGCUUACAAGGCAAAGUUUAAAAUAACAGUUCAAGCACCUGUUGACCGUGUAGUUUUGUCCAAUAUGCCAUCUAUUGAAGAAAAGAUUGAUGGAGCUUCUAAGACAAUGUCAUUUGAAGAAUCACCUCUUAUGUCAACCUAUUUGGUGGCAAUUGUUGUGGGGGAAUUUGAUUAUAUAGAAGGAACAAGUACAACAGGAAAUAAAGUUCGUGUGUAUACUCAGGUUGGAAAGACAAGCCAAGGGAAGUUCGCGCUAGAUGUUGCACUGCGUACACUUCCAUUUUAUACCAAAUAUUUUGGGAUUCCGUAUUCCCUUCCAAAGCUAGACAUGGUUGCAAUACCAGAUUUUUCUUUUGGGGCAAUGGAAAACUAUGGUUUGGUUACAUAUCGGGAAUCUGCAUUGCUCUAUGAUGAAAAUCUUUCUGCAGCUGCAAACAAGCAAACGGUUGCAAUUGUUGUGACACAUGAAUUAGCUCAUCAAUGGUUUGGGAACCUAGUUACAAUGGAAUGGUGGACUCACCUAUGGCUUAAUGAAGGCUUUGCAACUUGGGUUAGCUAUUUAGCAACAAAUCUCUUAUUUCCAGAAUGGAAAAUUUGGACACAAUUUACUAACGAAACAAUGGUAGCUUUCAGAUUGGAUGGGCUUGUGGAGUCUCAUCCUAUAGAGGUGGAAGUUCGUCAUGCUCGAGAAGUUGACGAAAUAUUUGAUGCUAUAAGUUAUAUAAAAGGAGCUUCUCUUAUCCGCAUGCUUGAGAGCUACCUAGGAGCUCAACGUUUCCGAAAAGGCCUUGUUUCAUAUAUCAAAAGGUACGCUUCCAAAAACGCCAAGACUGAAGAUUUAUGGGGUGUCCUCUCAGAGGAAUUGGGAGAAACUGUGAAAGAGAUAAUGAACUCUUGGACAAAGCAGAAGGGAUAUCCGGUGGUUAUUGCAAAGCUCACGGAUGAUGGUUUGAAGUUAGAGCAGACCCAGUAUUUGUCAAGUGGUGCACGUGGGUAUGGACAAUGGGUUGUGCCAAUCACUUUAUGCUAUGGUUCAUAUGAAGUUCGAAAGAAUGCACUCUUGCAUGGAAAGGUUGAAGAUGUCAGUCUUUCAGAUUUCAAAUUAACGGAGGCAAGUUCCCAAUCUAGUUGGAUAAAGCUAAACGUUGGACAGACUGCCUUUUAUCGUGUGCAAUAUGAUGACAUACUUGCAACAAGACUAAGGUCUGCAGUAACAGCAGGACAGUUGGAUGCUGCUGAUAAAUUUGGACUACUGGAUGACACUUACGCACUAUGCCAUGCCUGUAAGCAGCCACUAUCAGCAUUAAUUUCUCUGGUGGAUGUUUACAGGCAAGAGUUGGAUUAUACUGUGCUGUUAUGCCUAAUCAAUGUUGGUUAUGAAGUUUCAAGGGUGGUAAGUGAUGCUAUUCCGGAUUCUGCUGAUUAUUUCAAGUUGUUUGUAAAGAACCUUCUUCAGUUUGCAGCCAAUAAACUUGGAUGGGAUCCUACUCCCAGUGAGAGUCACUUGGAUGCAAUGUUAAGGGACCAGAUACUGACAGCUUUGGCUGAGUUUGAGCAUGAAGAAACUUUAGACGAAGCUUUAAGAAGAUACAAAAUUUUCUUGAAUGACAGAAGCACACAGAUUCUGCCUGCAGACAUCAGAAAGGCUGCAUAUACUGCUGUUAUGAAAGAUUGCACAGCUUCAGAUAAAUCUGGAUAUGAAUCCUUAUUAAAUGUUUAUAAGGAGACAGAUCUAAGUCAGGAAAAGGUUCGGAUUCUAGGUUCACUUGCUUCAUCAACAGAUCCUUCUAUUGUUCAUGAAGCUCUAGAUUUCAGUUUGUCAUCUCAGGUGCGGAAACAAGAUGCAGUGUUUGUAAUAUCUGGAAUUAGCAGAGAAGGGCGUGAAGCUACAUGGAUUUGGUUAAAGGAAAAUUGGGAUUUAAUCUGCGAACGUUGGGGUUCAGGACAUCUGAUGAAUCGGUUUAUCUCGAGUGCUGUAUCUGGGUUUACAAGUGAGGAGAAGGCAGAUGAAAUACAGGCAUUUUUUUCAUCUCGGAUGCUGCCAUCUAUACAACGCACAGUUGGCCAAAGUAUUGAAACUGUUCGUACUAAUGCUCAAUGGGUGAAGAGUAUAAGGCAAGAAAAAGGUCUAAAGGAACUACUGCAGACAGUAGGCAGUAACAGUCGAAAGAAUUGAGAUUACAGAUUCCAUUUGAGACUAAUGGGACUGAAAAUGGGUUUCAUGUAAUUUAUUUUACAGAGGUGAGCUUGAAAGGUAGCAAUUCAAAUAGUGCAUAUUUUGAUUCUGAAAACCAUAUACAUAGGUGAAGGAAUUCCUUAUAGCCUUUUAUUAUAUCGUCACACCAUAUGUUGUCUUUGUGGAACUUUAUUGCCCUGGUUUAAACUAGAUGAGAAAACUACUCACUAUAAAUGAUUUAUAUUUGUAAAAUAUAUUAAUCAUAAAUUACUUAUAUUAUUCAAGAUUUUGAAUAUAAAUGAUUUAUAUUUGUAUGCUAGAAUAUGGUUGAAGGUGUAAUUCAUUUGAUUCAUGGAUUCAUUUGAAACCAUUCAACUUCACUAGUA